UAGAUCAGGAGCCGAGAGGAGCAGGAGCCGCACUACUGAUGUAUCAGCCCACGGAGCGAUGAAGGGCGCCGUGGCAACGGGGGAAGAUCCCACCAGUGUGGCAAUUGCAAGUAUCCAAUCAGCUGCCACCUUCUCGGAUCCCAGCGUGAAGUAUGUGUUCCGCACUGAGAACGGAGGGGCGCAGGUGAUGUAUCGGGUUAUCCAGGUGGCAGAGGGGCAGCUGGAUGGACAGACGGAGGGCACUGGGGCAAUUAGUGGCUUCCCAGCCACCCAGUCUAUGACCCAGGCCGUCAUCCAGGGGGCAUUUACCAGCGACGAUGCGGGGGAGACGGACGCCUCGGGGGCAGAGACUCACUACACUUACUUCCCCACCGCCGUCACCGACUCCAACAGUUCCGUGGGUGGGUCGGCCGCUACCGUGGUAACCGCCCAGAAUAGUGACGCUCUGCUGGGGCAGGCGGGGUCCGCAGGCACGGGUCAGUUCUUUGUUAUGAUGUCAUCGCAAGACGUUCUGCAAGGCGGGUCCCAGAGAUCCAUAGCGCCAAGAACCCAUCCGUAUUCUCCAAAGUCUGACGGCCCUCGGGCUACUAGGGAUGAGAAACGGCGAGCCCAGCACAAUGAGG